AUGAGCAGACGCACUGGUCUAUCUGCCCUGGUGAGCCUCGAGGUGUCACGCGCAGUCGACGCCGCUGUCGAGGCCCUGCCAGAGGGAUCCUGCCGCUGGGACGCCACCAACCUCCUGGAAGCUCUGCGCAAUGGCUCGGAAGACGCUCUGCGCGUGCUGGACGCGACAGGGAAGCCCGGUUCGUCCAUCCUGCGCGGCAACUUGCGGCUGCUGGGAGACUUCGACGAGUGUGUGGCGGUGCCCGUGUCGCGCUACUGCCUGGCGGACGUGCGGCUGCCCGCACCCGCAGACAUAGACAACGCGACGGCCCGCCUCCUCAGCAUAGCCACAGCGGGGCGCUGGCUCUUUGAGGACAUUCCUCGCAGAUCUGUGAGUGCAUCCAAUUCAUGUUUUUCAUUGUUCCUCACUGCAUGUGCCCCUAAGGCGUCAACACGUGACAUACCAAAGAUGCCACUUCUGAACAGUAUGAUUAAUGUAGAUUCAUUCUUUCUGAUAAGUGGGAUGCUUCGUGCGAUGAAUUUCAUGAGAGAUGUGCAACAACGUGGUGGAUUUUGGAUUGCCACAGGAAUUCUGCAGAGGCUCCUCAGGUUAACACCAGCAUAUGCAGUGGUGCUUGCAGUGUAUGCAUGUCUGUUACCAUAUUUUGGUUCUGGGCCUGAGUGGAAUACUCAAGUCGGUUACAACUCAAAAAUGUGUAAACAACACUGGAUGUUCAAUAUAAUGUAUGUUAAUAACUACAUAAACUAUGAAAAUAUGUGUAUGUUACAAUCAUGGUAUUUGUCUGCUGACAUGCAACUAUUUGUUUGUGCACUCAUUAUACUGAUACCACUGUACUACUGGCACAAAAUUGGUGAACUGCUGCUGGGACUGGUUAUUUUUGUGUCAGUAGCACUGCCAUUCGCUACUGUUCUCAUCCGACGGCUUCCUGGUCUCUACCAGCCCACCCAGCCGGAUGAUCAGCUUUAUGAAUAUAUGCGUGAUGUUUAUAUGGCAACACACAACAGGAUGACACCAUAUCUUGUCGGACUGGCUCUAGGCUACUUGCUCCAUAGGAUUAAGGGCCAGCCUGUUACUAAAAGUAAGGUACUCAUUGGUGUUGGCUGGACAGUGAGCCUGUUAGUACUGGGUGCAGUAGUGUGGGGGCCAUACCACCUGCUCCAGGAAUGUGCUAGCCUUACAACAACUACACUGGAGUCUGCUGCCUAUGCUGCUCUACAUCGAUUCACGUGGGCACUUGCCCUUGGAUGGAUUAUCAUUGCAUGUUACCAUAAUCUCCGAUUUGGAGUUAUAGGUGAUGCUGUCAAGGGCAUUCUGGAGAGCAGUACAUGGCAACCACUGAGUCGACUUUCAUAUUGCAUCUUUCUGACACAUAUUGCUGUCUUAAUCAUUAAUAGUGGAAGAAUACGAACACCAAUCUUCAUGGAUGAGUAUCUUCUGAUGCACAGUUAUGCUGGAGAUCUGGCCAUUGUAUUGUUAAUAUCAAUGGCUCUCCACCUAUUUGUUGAAGCUCCUUCACUUUUUCUGGCUCGAACCAUUUUCAGUCGUCAAGGAAACCAACAGCAGCCUUCAAAAAUAGUGAAAAGUCAAACUCCACAUCAAAAAAAUACAGUAGACCAGAAGAAAAAACAACAGAGGUGGCAGCAUGUGUCUCCAACAGACAUUCCAACAUCAAGUGAAUGCCCUGUUGGUCAGCCAUAG